CACGAAAAAAAAAAAAACCACUCGGAAAAAAUUGACAUGUAUAUACAGUUUCAUUGCAAAUCAGUAUUAUGGUGAUCAUACUAAAUAUUUUUUUCUGUGCACAUAUGAGGUACAUAUCGCUGCCAUGAAGCCUCCAUAUAGUGACAGUUCUCUGCCCGCUUCACUGCCGUCACGCGACCGCAGCUCAGGUUUUGCUUGCCUCGUAGCUACGCGUGUUUUAAAUUACUGUAAAUUUGAUAGUAUAUCGUCAUAGGCACAGUCCCGAGUCUGUUGAGAAAAGUAGAACACUAAACCAUGCUCGCUAGAUUUGUGUGGUGUUUUUGUCUUUUUGAGCAGCAUUUGAUAGGCUCCACGUUAACAAAUAUGUGACAAAGUCGUUUCCUUUCAUUUUAUGACUCGUUCACCGCAUAGUCAUUACUGGAAAGUCAAGUUAGCAGCAAGCUAGGUCAGGAACCGGAGGACCGAAUCACUGAACGGGAAGUGACAAAACUCAGUCUUUCCCCCCUGCCUGCACGCUGGCUGCUUAUUGGCCACACGUGGAAAUGAGUGACAUACGCCAUGAUUCUGUUUCCGCUCCCUCCCCUGCCCGCGAUGAGGCUGGCGUCUGAUUGGUCGUGUGCGAUGUCAGAAGACGCUGCCGCUUGCUCAACGCCCUCCCACGCAGCGAACAAGCGCCACCAACUUCAUAGAACGAAUCAGUGCAGAUGGUGAUUAGUUCGGUCUCGUUCACCCAAACAAUUCGUUCAAAAAGAACGAAUCGUUCGCGACCGAUACAACACUAGUGGGAAUGGGUCAGAUGCUGCAUUCGAGCGCACGCGAUUCAUCGGAAGGCACACGACUCAUCUGGAAACUUUUCUACCAUGGAACACCUCACGUCUGAACUUACUGCUUUCGUUGAAUGGCUGGCAGAAUACCCAGCGGAGCUUACUGCUGGAUCAUUAGAAGGCCGAGGCUCUGCAAUAGGGAAGAACACUUCUAAUGACAAGGACUUGGAAAGAGACACCAGUAACUGGCUGCAGCUGUUGCGCAAAACGGACGGAAAACGCCAAGUGGUCAUCGCCUCUCUGGCUUUCCACAAGACCUGGGCACAGGUAUGUCAUCUGCUGGAAAGCCUGGAGGAGGAUUACAAGAGCAUGGAGGACUGGUGCUGCGCAACAGGCAAACCUGACUCUUGCGGUCAUAUGGAUCAUGUAACUUCCUUGAUCAGUAAACACCUGAAACAGAAGGAAUUCUUCCUCAAGGCCUGCACGUUAAUCAAGGGCAUUGCAGAUAUCUUCUACCAGUACGUAGAGAGGAACGGCGCAACAAUGGGAAGGCUGGGUCACGACCAAGAAGAACAUGUUACAGGCAUCUUGAAUGAUAUGACUGAGAGAGAGAAUCGUGUCCUAUGUUUAUGGAAUGUAAGAAAGAAGCAACUGGACCAGUGUCUGCAGUAUUUGGCAUUUGAACGCCGUGCCAUACAGGCCCAGGAAAGAAUUCAGGAUAUGGGGGAGGUUUACCUGUCCACGCACUACUCCGCCGGCUCAAGCAUCCGCUUCAGGCAGGAGCUGCUGAAGGAGAAGGAAAACCUUAACAUCAUCAGCAAGCAAAUGAAAGAGUGCGUUAAGCUGCUCAUCCAACUGGCGGACGGAUACUGUGCCAAAGGUCACAGCCAUGCCGACAAGAUGAAAAAAUGUGCUUUGGCAGUUGACCGGUGCGACCGGGAUUUGAAGAAGCGAAUGGAAAAGCACCAUUGCAGCUUGGAGAAAUUGACUGGCGCUAAGUACUCGGCUGCCCAUUACCCAAAGGAGAAGAAGCAUGAAGAUAAAGACACCUUGCACGGAGAAUGCAUGAUGCCAAGAUCGCGUCGCACACUCAAGCGCGGUCUCAAAUUGGAGUUUCGAGGAACAGGUCCCAGUUGGAAAAAGUGGCUCAACAAAAGCGUGUGGUGGCCAAACCAUAAUUAACAAGUGCAAGAAUGGUCGUAAAAUGAGGGCACAGAGAGAACAAUGAAAAACACUUGGACCACAAGAGAUCCCCUCUCGGGAACCAACUGUAAAAUGUAAAAAAAAAAAUGUAAAAAAAACAACUGUAUAACUGUAUGGUACAUGUCCAAAAAGUCACAUUUUUUAUUUAUUUUUGUACUUUGGGGCUUUUGUACUCUUGUAUAUAUUUUUGUAAAUAGUUAUGUUUUUUACUCAAUAAAUUGCCAUUGGUA